AUGAUAUAUGCAGACACAACUACAACUACAAGUCCCGAUUGUACUGCAUGUGUAGCAGCUCAUUCAUACAUUCUUUCUUGUACCAAUUCUACUACGGAAACGCUUGAUAAUGUGCCUACAGAAAUUACCCUAAAGUGUACAUGCCAACAGUCCUUCAUUAAUGGAUAUGCAAGCUGUUUUAAAUGUCCAGUGGCAGUUGAAUAUUUAACUUCAUCUAAAUCACCCCAAGUCAGUGAACUUAUUACAAGUUGUGCAAGUAGUAACUACACUGGCUUGAUCGCACCAAAAUAA